AUGAAGCACGUCAAUUAUCAAAAUUAUAAAAACUCCGCCACUUACGAAUUCACCAGGUUAUUAUACCCCAUAGGUAUAUGGCGGGAACAAAACACAAAACCAUCGAAAGGCAGACGAUGGAAAAAGUCACAACUACGCAAUGUCGCUGCUUCCGGUGCCAAAGAUGGAGAAAAAUCUUCAGCUCAGGCGCCUUCAUCUUCUAUUGAGCCGGAGGUGUUGAAACAUGUUACUAUAGGCUUCAACUCUACUAUGAAAUGCCUCGAGGCACUCGGUGAGGCAAGCCUUGAUACCAAAAAUCCAGCAACAGAGCAAGAAGCCACAGAGAAGCCAGGGUUACGAAAGUUAGCAGUGGUUUUUAUUUGUCGGUCAACAGUCCCUACUCCAGUGGCCGAGCCACUUGCUUUUGCUGUUAAGCGAAUAUCAGAUAUACAACGGUACAAUGGGGACAGCAAUAUUAGGCUGGUCUACUUGUCUAAGAAUGCUGAAACAAGAAUGGCAGAUGCCGCCGGCUUGCCUCGGAUUGGUGUGAUAGGAGUAGAAGAGGGACCGCCCGCUAGGAUUUUUGUUGAUUAUGUGCGAGAGAAUGUUCAGCCCCCUAUAUAA